ACAUCAGCAUCAAGUUGAUUUCAUUAUUUUUCGCAAUUUAAAAAUUCCAUUUGAUCUCAAUGAACCAAAGUCACAAUUUAUUUUAUUUUUUCUUCGUUUUUCUAAAAAUUCGUUAAUCCGUUUAGUGCAAAAGCUUAUUGACCUUCUUUGUUUAUCAACAAUAUUGUUUAUCAUUUAAAAUUAUUAUUUUUUUUUUUUGUUGAUAACCACCAAAAAAUAUUGAUAUGUGCUUCCAAGCAUAAACGUAACCCACUUUUGCCAUUCAUAGAGUGGCGUAUCAAAAUACAAUCAAUGAGUAAAAAGACAAGUACCUGCGUUCCCGUCGUCAUUUUGUUAUCAUCAACCACAUUGAUUGCCUAAAUAUUAUUUCAGUCUUUUAAUAACCAUGCACACGUCUCGCAUCUCACAUUAUCUUAAUCACACAUACUAAUCUCCUAACAGUAACCACAUGGUUGUAUUGAAUUAAUCCCGAGUUGUUUGAAACCUAAAUAUUCCGAUAAUGUUUAACAGUCGUAAUCUGUCUGCUGUGCUACGUAAAAGCGCUUCACUAGCAAAAUAUAAACAAAGAUAGAAACUGUUAUGGAUCUAGAAAAAGAGUAUUCCCCGUCACAGUGUAGCCAUCGAGCUAUUGAUAAUAAUCCAGCAGAUUUAAUUGAAUCAUUUGUGAAAAUUCACAUAGAAGAAACUGAACGUGUAAAGAAAGUUUACAAAAGUCGUCUAGAUGUUAGCUAUGGAGAUACAAAAAUGCAGUCCAUGGAUAUUUAUUUUAAGGAUAAAGAAUCUGAUACACCAAUAUUUGUAUACAUUCAUGGCGGAUACUGGAUAGAAUUAACCAAAGCUGAAUCUGGAAUUUGUGUAGCACCAUUGGUGGAACGAGGCUAUAGGGUGGUAGUUAUGGAUUAUGAUCAAUGUCCUAAUGUGACCUUAGAGGAAAUUGUCCAACAGACAAAAAAGUUUUUGAAAUUUUUGCUUAAAUAUGCAACCGAUACAAAUGCUGAAUCAAUCUCUUUCUGUGGACAUUCUGCAGGAUCAUAUCUAAUUGCAAUGUUAUUUCAACAAGAUUGUCUCGAUUUACCCAAUGCAAAUCUGAUAAAGGAUAUCUUUUUGAUUUCUGGAAUUUAUGAUCUUCGUGAAAUGAGACAAACCAAUGCUGCUAAUCCCAAUAAUGUACUCUCGCUAGACGAAGAGUCAGCUAAAAGAUUGUCACCAGCAUUAUUGGAAUUUUCAAAAUCUGCAGUUAAUAUUAAAAUUCAUGUUAUUUUUGGAGAACAUGAUAGCGAAGUUUUUAAAAAACAAUCUACGGAGUUUUUUAAGCAACUUGAAAAGCAAAAUCUAGCGUUGGAAUAUUCGGAGGUAAUGGAUCAUGAUCAUUUUACUAUAAUUGAAGAACUACGAAAUUCAGAAUCAUCGAUCAUGAAUUUUAUAUUGAAAAAGCUGGGUUUGAAAUAAAAUUGGAAAUAUGUAAAGGUGAA